CUUCUCCUCCUUCUCCUGCACUCUGGGUGACUGGCUGCCUUCCCACUCAUUUGCAUGAUUUAUAUUGCCCGAUGGAGGAGAGCAUGGCUAGUUAGAAGGAGCAGGCCCUUUGUAGGAGCUUCCUUGGAUCUUCAGUGGGCACCACAAGAACAGGUGCUCAGUGCCAAGAAGAUUCCUUUUUUCCCCCCUUUCUUUUCCUUUUUUUCCCCCUUCCUCCCCUUUUUCUUUGUAAAAUGGUUUCCAAAUUAUCCUCACUACAGCAGGAACUAUUAAAUGCUCUCCUGAAUUCUGGAAUAACCAAGGAGGUGCUGAUCCAGGCGCUGGAGGAUCUGAUUCCCUCGUCCAGCUUUGGGGUCAAGCUGGAGGACAUGCAGAUGUCCCCUGGGCAGGACCCUGACACCAAGCCAGUCUUCCACACCCUCACCAAUGGGCACCAUAAGGGCAAGCUUUCUGGGGACGAGGGAUCCGAGGAUGGGGAGGACUUUGACACCCCACCAAUUCUUAAGGAGCUGCAGUCCCUGAACACCGAGGAGGCGGCUGAGCAGAGGGCCGAGGUGGACAGAAUGCUAAGUGAGGAUCCCUGGAGAGCUGCAAAGAUGAUAAAGGGAUAUAUGCAGCAGCACAACAUUCCUCAGAGAGAGGUAGUUGAUAUUACUGGACUGAAUCAAUCACAUCUUUCCCAGCAUCUCAACAAAGGCACUCCAAUGAAAACACAAAAACGUGCUGCCCUGUAUACCUGGUAUGUGAGGAAACAAAGGGAAAUUGUCAUACAAUUCAACCAGACAGUCCAGGGUUGUGGAAAUAUGACAGACAAAAGCAGUCAGGAUCAGCUGCUGUUUCUCUUUCCAGAGUUCAACCAUCAAACUCAAGUCACAGCGCAGUCUGAUGACUCCUGCUCAGAGCCAGCUAACAAGAAAAUGAGACGGAACCGUUUCAAAUGGGGACCUGCAUCCCAGCACAUUCUCUACCAGGCCUAUGAAAGACAAAAGAACCCCAGUAAAGAAGAAAGAGAGGCUUUGGUUGAAGAGUGUAACAGAGCAGAAUGUUUGCAACGAGGUGUAUCACCAUCAAAGGCUCAAGGAUUAGGAUCAAAUCUGGUCACAGAAGUUCGUGUUUAUAACUGGUUUGCUAACAGGAGGAAAGAAGAAGCAUUUCGGCAGAAAUUAGCCAUGGAUGCAUACAGCUCAGGAUCCUCACAUCCGCACAAUAUGACUUCUCUUAUGUCACAUGGCUCUCCGCACCAUACUCAGUCAAGUUCUUCUCCUCCAAGCAAAUUGCAAGGUAUAAGAUACAGUCAGCAAGGAAGUGAAGUCACGUCAUCAUCAACGAUUAAUCACCAUGGUAACAAUGGCAUGUUAACCAGCCAAUCAGUCCUCCAGCAAGUUUCUCCAGCAGGCUUGGAUUCUGGCCAUAACAUGCUUUCACCUGAUGGUAAAUUGAUAUCUGUGUCAGGAGGUGGACUACCACCAGUAAGCACACUGACAAAUAUCCACAGUCUGUCCCACUCAGUCCAUCACAAUUCCCAACAAUCGCAAAACCUUAUCAUGGCACCCAUAUCCGGCGUCAUGGCAAUAACGCAAAAUUUGAACACUAGUCAGGCACAGUCUGUUCCUGUCAUCAAUAGUGUUGCCGGAAGCCUAGCAGCUUUACAGUCGGUGCAGUUUUCACCUCAGUUGCACAGCCAGCAUCAUCAACAUAUCAUGCAAACAUCUUCUGGUCACAUGUCACAACAACCAUUUAUGGCCACAAUGACUCAUCUUCAGAAUUCACACAUGUAUGCACACAAGCAGGAACCUCCCCAGUAUUCACACACAUCCCGGUUUCCCUCAACCAUGGUUGUCACAGAUACUGGCAGCAUCAGCACGUUAUCAAGCAUGUCUUCCAAUAAACAGUGCCCUUUGCAAGCCUGGUGAUAUCCUGCUGCACUUAACCUCCUAUGUUAGCAAUAUGGAUAUUUUCUCAGAACUUUACAAACAAUGGUAACAUCUAGGACUUUCAGUUGUUACUAUAUGGAAUUUGAUUCAAUCUCCAUUUCAGAUGUGAACCACUAAGAACUGGAGAAUCAGACUCUCUAAACAAGGGGAAAAGACAGUGAAUUUUCACUCUCAUGACAAUACUUGAUUUUCAGUCAUCUUCCCAGGUAAUUUGAAGGCUUUCCUGAGUUGUGUGACCCAGACAUGACACGUAGAUGGAGUGUGAUAAAAUGCAAUUACUUAUACAUAGGAGAGACUGCAAACCUGUGUGGUGCAUACAGACUGCUGCUGGAACAUUGCCAUAGAAACUGGAAAUUCUGGAGCCGAAAACUGUGUACAAAGCUGAACUGAGCCAUUGUAAAUGUUUAAAUAAGUGAACGAUUGCUGUAGAAGUGAAUUUGUUUAAUAGCUGUAAAUUGUAAAAAAAAGUGCAAUUAUUUUGUACAUAAUGCAUAAAUAUAAUGUUUUGGUUGUUUUUUAAAGGAAAGGUCAAACAUCCAAGUAAAAGGAAGCAUUUGAUCAA